AUGGAAAUCCUUGGUAAUCUCCAGUCAUUAAGCAUAAAUUGCUAUGUGGGGGAUGUGGCAAAUCUUGGCAAGCUCAAAGCAUUGCGGAUUCUCAACUUUGCAAAGUCUCAAAUUUCUAGGUUGCCUAAAGAAAUUGGGGAACUAACGAAUUUGAGAUCGUUGAAUCUAAACCAUUGCUACUCGCUCAAGAUAAUUGAGCAUGGAGCCCUAAAAGGCUUAAUAAACUUGGAAGAGUUACAUAUGAGGGGAAGCUUUGAUGGAUGGAUGGGCAAGCAUGAAAUGACGUCAAAAUCGUGUGGUGUUGGGCUUGCUGAGUUGAAGAACUUGACAAAGCUAGCAUCUCUAGAAAUAUCCAUUCGUCAACCCAUCAUACUCUUGGAGGAUGAUGACCUGCCAUUUGGGAACCUAGUCAGAUUUUGGAUCAACAUAGGAAAUCUUGAGGGGUGGGGAUAUGAAUGUUUGGCAGUCAUGAAGCUCAAUUUGGAAGGGUGCAAUAGUAUUCUUUCGAGAAAGUGGGUUCAAGAAUCUCUGCAAAAGACUCAAUACUUAUAUUUAUGUGAGUUGAGUGAGUCCAAAGAGAGCGCUCACAAGUUGUGCAUCGAAGGAUUUCGAGAUCCGAAGGCUCUCAACAUUAAAGACAGCUACUCAAUCAAGGUGCUUCAGCAAUUUGAAACUGUGAGUGUUGGACAGUGCUGCCAAUUGAAAUACUUGUGGUGUAUUUCAGAGAUGCAAAGGCUUGUGCAAUUGGAAGAGAUUAAAGUGUGGGAAUGUUACUCAAUGCAAUCCAUUGUCACAUAUGAUGCCGGAGAAGAUAUAGUUUCUGCUGAUAAUAGAGUUGAGUUGCCUAAUGUAUGCCAUUUGGCAUUGUGUGAGUCACCAAAUAUGACGAGCUUUUGCAUUAGAGCAGAAAUCACAUCAGAGGAUACUCCUUCUCCCAUCCAGGUUUUAUUGCCUCACUUGAAAUCCCUAGUAAUGGAUGGACUCCUUGGUCUGGAAAAGAUACUCUACAGUGAACCUUCAUUAAAAUAUAGCGAUUUGACAUCGUUAAAGAUCAGACAAUCUAAAUCCACGUCGAAGAGUAUUAUGAAAUCAAAUUGGAUACUAAAGCUGCCGAAUUUGGAGUCAAUGGAAAUUGAGAGCUCUCCAACAGAAGUAGUUUUUGACUUGGAGGAGCUAGAAGUCACAAGAGAUGUCGAGAUUCUCUCUCGGCUAACAGAAUUGAGUUUAUCUUGGUUGCCGAACCUGUGGUGCAUGUGGAAACAAGAUGUACAAUUACAAGGAAUAUCAAUAUUUCGGAACUUGAAGAAGCUCUCUAUCAACAAUACGGGGCUGUCAUUUCUCUUUCCGGUGUCUGUGGCUAAAUGUCUUAGAGAAAUUAGAGCCAUUACAGUGAGGGAUUGUCCAAAUAUGAAGGCGGUGAUUGUGGAUGAAGAAGGAAGAGAUGAAGAGAUAGAUGAUAUUAUAGAGUUCCCAUUAUUGGAGCAACUAUCUAUAAGUCGGUGUUCCAUGGAGAAAUUCUUCUCAUAUCCUUAUGGAAAAAAAGAGCUAGUGACCACUACUUCAGAUUCACAAGAUGCUUACUCCAAUUCUUUCUUUGAUCAAAAGGUGAGUUUACCAAGCUUGAAGGCGUUAUACUUUCACGAAGUAGGAUCCUUGAAAAGGAUAUGGCAUGGUGAACUUCCGAGAAGUUCCUUAUGCAAAUUAGUCACUCUCUCCCUAGGUUAUUGCUCCAACCUACUCAAUAUCUUCCCCUCCACAAUCAUAGGAAGAUUGCUCAACUUAAAAAGUAUCAAUGUUGAAAAUUGUCCCUCCCUCGAAUCAUUAUUUGAUUGUGGGUCCUUUGAUGCAAAUACUAAGCACACAACAAUUUUGCUCCCCGAAUUGGAACUUUUGACGGUGAUGGAAGUAGGAAAGCUAAGAUGCAUGGUGAAAGGCAACUCCCAAAUGAUUUUGGGUUUUCCAAGUCUUAAAGUUGUCAAUGUUGAAAAUUGCUCCAACAUGAGAUAUCUCUUCCCCAAUUUCACAGCCACAACACUAGGGAAACUCGAGAAAAUAGACAUUCGGCAAUGCGAACAGAUGAAGGCAGUGAUUCUUGAGGAAGAAGAUUGUCCUGUGACAAGUUUCCCUUCCUUAACACAACUAAGGAUUUUGCGGUGCCCUAACUUUGGAACGUUCAUCUAG